AUGGAGAAGCUGUUUCUUUCUUCUCUUUUCUCUCUUCUGCUCUUCGUCCACUCAGUAUCGGCAUACACAACCUACAAUGUGAUCAGUUUUGGGGCCAACCCAGAUGGCAGAACUGACUCGACCCAACCCUUCCGUAACGCAUGGUCCUCGGCUUGUGCCUCAACCAGUCCGGCCAUCAUCUAUGUGCCGUCGGGGAGAUAUUUACUCGGCCACAUCGUCUUCCAUGGCGGUUGCAGAAACUCAGAUGUCAGGAUAAUCAUUCAGGGCACACUCGUGGCUCCAUAUAACUACCGAGAAUUCAGCAACAUAAGCAACUGGCUUGCAUUCCAGAACGUCAAUGGAGUUUCAAUCUAUGGAGGGACUCUUGAUGGGCAAGGCUCGUCUCUGUGGUAUUGCAAGUCUACCGGCAAUUCUUGCCCAACCGGAGCCCGGUCGCUGGUCUUCAGGGACUCAAGAAACAUCCUGAUCAAUGGAGUAACGUCGAUAAGCAGCCAGAAGUUCCACUUUGUGCUAGACAAUGCCCAGAAUGUGACCAUGCAAGGAGUGGUGAUCUCUGCCCCAGGUAACAGUCCGAACACCGACGGCAUUCACGUAGAAAAAUCAACCAACGUCAGGAUCGUUAACUCCGGCAUCAGGACCGGCGACGACUGCAUCUCGGUUGGCCCGGGAACCAGAAACCUGUGGAUAGAGAACAUUGCAUGUGGACCUGGACAUGGCAUCAGCAUUGGAAGUCUUGGCUGGAGUCUGAAUGAAUCGGGGGUGAAGAAUGUGACAGUUAAAAACGUUACUAUGACUGGGACUACAAAUGGGCUGAGAAUUAAGUCGUGGGCCAGGCCCAGUAAUGGAUUUGCUAGAGGAAUCGUUUUUGAAAACGUUAGAAUGGAAAAUGUUAGAAAUCCCAUUAUCAUUGACCAGAACUACUGCUCCAGCUCUGCAACUUCUUGUCCUCAUAAGGCUUCCAGCAUUACUGUCAGCCAGGUGACAUACAGAGGCAUCCGAGGAACGUCGGCAACACCAACCGCCGUCAAGAUUAACUGUAGUGUGGCGAAACCGUGUACCGGAAUCAGAUUGGAAGAUAUAACACUUACUUACCAGAACCAAAUAGCGAAGUCGUUUUGUGCACAUGCACAUGGAAUAGCUGCUGGUUUAAUUAAACCAAGCAGCUUAGCUAUCCAUAUCUCAGAUUAUGUUGUUGCCCUUAUGCUUCACAUUAUUGUGAAGUGUAGUAGGGUUUCUGCAUUGUAUUUUAAAGAUAAAUUCUAG